AUGACGUCACCACUAAUGAAGCGUAUUGGAUGCCCAACUCAACCGCCACCUAACUCAACCACCAUCCCUGCACCCCGAAAAAAUACUACGAAUCGCGUUUCUAAUGAAAUUGGUGAUUUUUGUCAAACACCGUAUAGGCAACAGGGAGAAUGCUUAACCAUAACUUCGUGUCAGCCAUUGUUCCAAUUACUUAAAAACAAGCCUCUCAGUUCAGCCAGUACUGAUUUACUUAGGAGAUCUCAUUGCGGAUUCGAUGGUACUUUGCCCAAAGUGUGCUGUCCACUGAACGAUAAUCCCGCACCCGUACCCAGUACGACACCUGCUAGUACUGGAGAAAUUGGUGAUUUUUGUCAAACACCGUAUAGGCAACAGGGAGAAUGCUUAACCAUAACUUCGUGUCAGCCAUUGUUCCAAUUACUUAAAAACAAGCCUCUCAGUUCAGCCAGUACUGAUUUACUUAGGAGAUCUCAUUGCGGAUUCGAUGGUACUUUGCCCAAAGUGUGCUGUCCACUGAACGAUAAUCCCGCACCCGUACCCAGUACGACACCUGCUAGUACUGGAGGUGAUCCACUUGAAACUGAUCUUCUUCCUGGAACUGAGACCUGCGGACUCGGAUCGCAAGACAGAAUUUACGGAGGUGAGAAGACUCAGCUUGGUGAAUAUCCAUGGAUGGCCCUUAUAGAAUAUUUAAAACCUAAUGGUCAAAAAGGAUUUUACUGUGGAGGUGUUCUAAUCAGCAAAAGAUACAUUCUGACAGCAGCUCAUUGUCUCAAAGGCAAAGACUUGCCCCCAAGCUGGCAAGUUGUAAGUGUAAGAUUAGGUGAAUACAACACUGACACAGAUAUAGACUGCGUGGUAGUUAGUGGAAGUAAACAGAUAUGUGCCCCACCAGCCGUAAAUAUAGCCAUAGAAGAUAGGAUAGCUCACGAGGAUUAUUUACCGAAUGAUCCCAACCAAUAUCACGAUAUAGCUGUACUGAGAUUAGUUAGAGAUGUCAAAUUUACAGAUUACGUGAAAGCAGUUUGUUUACCUAGAAAGCCGACCCUUCUGUCAAAAUCGUUUAUUAACGAGAAUUUGACAGUGGCUGGAUGGGGAAAAACUGAAAACAGAUCAGAGAGCAACAUAGUACUGAAGCUUGAGGUACCAGUAAAAAGUGAUGACGUAUGCACUUCAACUUACACCCAAGCCAGAGUAAAGUUGGACAGCAGAUACCAAAUAUGUGCCGGAGGUGCCAAAGGCAGAGAUUCAUGUCGUGGUGACAGUGGUGGUCCCUUGAUGAACUAUGUGUACGAUGGUUCCGAAAUCAACUGGUACUCCGUAGGCGUCGUCUCUUUCGGGCCAUCACCCUGCGGAAUGGAAAACUGGCCCGGAGUGUAUACCAAAGUGUCGACUUAUAUGCCCUGGAUCAUUAAACAGCUCAAGCCAUAGAUAUUUUCUCGUUGUAUACGUUAUACAGGGUGGUCCGAAUUGUAUGCGGGAAACUUUGGCAGUAUAAUCUGCAGGUAAAUAUAAGUAAAAAAGUUCGUAUAAAUUUAUGUCGUAAAAUACUUCAUUUGGGAGAUAUAGGGUGUAGAAGUUUCAUUUUAAUUUCGAUUUUUUCCAAAUAAUUUUUGAGCUAAUGCCGAGGCUAAUGCUGAUAUUAGAGUGAAAAUUGGUGUCUGGAUGUUUCUUGGAAUGAUAAAUUCGAUUUCGAUAUCAGUAAGACUUGUAGGGUUUAUUACACUUACAUAUUUUUAGCGGUUUUAAAGAGUAAUAACUUUUCGUCUAUACCUGCAUUACAGUACUGAGUAAAAAUAUAUACAUUUACGUCAUUUUCUACGGAAAAAAGGUCUCUUGGUAAAAAUAGCUACGAGUAAUGGUUGUGUCAAUAGAUAGGCCAUAGUUGACAAAAAUGAUACAUGUUGAAAUAAUAAAUUUGAAAUAAUUUUGUGUCAAAGAUUCAACAGAAACUACUUUAUUGAAUCUCUUUCUAGAAAAAUUCAAGAUUUGCUUCAAACAACAAAACGUUUCCAAAUUUAUCAGUUCAGUCGAAUUAUAGUUAUUCGACUGUUUAGUUAACAUGAUUAUUUUUUGUCAAUAAUGACAUGUAUUGAUUAUUUCCACUCCAAAUAUUUUGAAAAAUCUUGUUUCUCGUAGCGAUUUUUACCAAGGUACAUUUUUUUGCGUAAAAAAAUAUGGAAAUGUAUAUUUUUCCACUCAAUAGUUUUAUUCAGGUACUGACGAAAGUUAUUACUGAUCAAGUAUGAGUCACAUUGACAUCGAAAUCAAAUUUCCCAUAUCAAGAAUUAUCCAGACACUAAUUUUCAUCCAAAUAUUGACGUUAGUUCAGAAAUUAUUUGGAAAGACCCGAAAUAAAAAUAAAACUUUUACACCCUGUAUCUCCGUAAUUAAGCAUUUUAGGAAAUAAAUUUAUAAGAAAUAUUUUAUACUUAUUUUGCAGAAUACGCUGGCCGAAGUUUCCCUUAGACAAUUCGGACCUCCUGUAUAUUAUAUUGUUGUAUAUUGUACCUUUUAUACCUAAUUGUAAAUUAUAUCAUUAAAAGUAAAACACUA